AUAUAGCAUUAUAGAUGAUAAGAUACGGCGCGCCGCGUGUGCACCUGUCCCCUACAAAGCCCCGGUCUCCGCGCACGUUUUGCAAACAUCGCCGUCGUAAAUAGACCACACGUGUUUUUACUCUCUUAUUCAUGAAAUAAGAUUUUCAACCGUCAAUGUAACAAAAUGGUCCCUAUGCUUGUAUUGAUACUUUUUCAAGCUGACCAGUCCUGGAUCAAUAUUUUUUUUAACUAAAUACUUCAAUUAAUUAAAAAAUGGACACUAUUUUAUUUUUGGUUAUUGUAGGAUUUAUACACCUAUCCUUUUAUUUCUUCAACACAAUUUUUGUGUCAUGUAUGCAUUUGCCUUACCUUGUACUCUUGGAAAAUAUCGGCAUUGAUAUACAAUUUUUAAGAAUAAAAUGGUUUACCACAGCCUUCAAUCGAUCUCUUAUGAAGUGGGGUCUCAAUCGAUCCAAAUUUUGGGCUGCAUGGUUUAAUACAGGAAUGAUUGUAACUCUCUUACUUUUACCAAUUUCAAUCAUACUUCUACUAAAAAUGACAUUUGAAGCUUUUGUGAAAGAAAAUUCAGUUGAUCCUAAUGAAAUUGGUUCUGGAGAGACUCUAGAAAUAAUGAUUCCAGGAGUUACCAUUCCAUUCAGUGAAAUAGGGUAUUACAUUAUUGCACUUUUAUUAUCGAGCUCAGUUCAUGAAUUUGGACAUGCUAUGGCAGCAGUCAAAGAAGAUGUUCGCUUUUUAGGAACAGGAAUGAUUAUAUUUUUCAUACUGCCAGUGGCAUAUGUGAAUAUAUGUGAUUCUGGGUUAAGCAUGCUAGGGCACAAAAGUCGGCUACGUAUUCUAUGUGCUGGAAUAUGGCACAAUGUUAUUUUAACUGGUUUAGCUAUGAUGAUUGCAGGACUCAUAACAAUAUCGCUUAAACCAUUUUUUAUCCAAAAUACAGGAGUUUACAUAAAGCAUAUUUAUCCUAACUCUGGACUUUUAGGACCUGUUGGUCUUUCUAAUGGUGAUGUUGUUCACAAAAUUAAUGAUUGUUCAGUACAUGAUUCUACUAGUUGGAGAUACUGCAUUCAGCAAGCUAUUCAACUUUCUACACCUGGAUAUUGUGUAAAUGAUAAUAUAGUCAGGAAAUCAGAUAAAUCUUCAUUUUUGCAAAAUGAUGCCAAUGAUAUGCACAAUUGUUGUGAUAAACAUUACAAAAAUAAUGGUCAUUUGUGUUUUGAACACUUAGGCAUAAUUGAUAUGCAAGCUCCACACUCAUCAUCUGUCAAUUUCUGUCUGCCCAUUCGGACUAUAAUAUCAAGUUCCCACAACUACUGUCAGAGUAAUGAUCAUUGCAGCAUGGCUAGUGAUUAUUGUGUUAAACCUACAGUUACUAAUUCAACCAAAGUUGUUCAGAUUCAAAGAUAUGGAGGCAAAGAUGUUAUAUUUCAUGGAAAUCCACUAGAAAUCUAUUAUACUAUUGAAUUGUCUGAUUGGGUUCCAAGAUAUUCAUUUUUUAGUCCACAGUUACCAGAAGUUUUAAUUUUGCUAUGUAAAUAUGUAGCACUAUUUUCAUCUGGAAUAGCCAUUGUUAAUGUUAUACCUUGCUUUUUUUUUGACGGUCAACACAUUAUAAGUAUUCUGAUAGACCAAAGACUGAAAAAUACAGUAAAAGAACAAAGUAUCCGUUCGGUGAUAGCAUUUGUUGUAAUGACAGUUUUCAGUAUAUUACUUAUUGGUAAUGUAUUUAUUAUACUAUUUAAUAAGUUGUGAAAUAGAGUCACUUUUUAUU